AUGAACAUAUUUUUUAAAAGUAAACAUACGAAAUUAAUUUUAAGAUGUUAUCCUAAAAGUCAAACCUCUGAGCAUAAACCUAAUUCAUCAGAACUAUCAUAUUUAUGCUAUUAUGGCUUUACAAAGCCAAGCAAACUCCCAAAAGUAGGCAUUUUCUUAGAACGUAAAUUGUCUAAAGAUGUUUAUCGUAGAAAACAAGGAGAUAUAAUCGUUUCAUUGUAUAUAUGUAAAGCAUUAAUAGAAAGAUGCCAUAAAGAUUUAAAUCUUUAUGCAGCAAAUGUCGUUAAUAUACUAAAUUCAGUUCUUCGAUCAGGAGAUGUCGAGGCAAUUGAACAUAGUAUUGACUGCUUUACAUCUUUCAUUUCCCACCACAAUGGAUUAAUAUUAUCAUCUGAUGAGAAUUAUGCAAAACAGUUUAAUAUUCUUAUAACAUCUUUUGUGGACUUUGCUAUGGCACAAAGUGGUCCAAAAAUGACAAGAUAUCGCCUCGUAGGAAUGCAAGCAGCUCAAGCCAUUACUUCAUGCGAAGCUAUUCAAAAUUCUAAUUUACGCUAUCUAACAGCGAAAAUUAUUCCAGGUAUUUUGCAUAAUCUGGAACAUAAAAAUGAAGAAUUUUUAUUACAUCUCCAAUCCAAAGCAGAAAUCUUUCAUGGAAAAGAAAAUCGACAUAAUAAUCUUAUAUCACACACCACCCAUACUACUAACGAACAUGAUCCAUUAACUGAUGAAUUAAAUGAAAUAUUAGCUCUUGAGAAUCUUAAGCGUAUAUACGAAAUUAACGAUGGUGCACAUAUUAGAAAUGCAACAUUAGCUUUAAUAUCACAUAUUAAAAACCUAACCAAAAGCAAAUUAAUCAUAAAUUGGGCAGUAACACUAAUAACUAUAAUUACAAAAUGGACACACGUUCAACAUAGAUAUAUAAUUCUUAUAAUUACAGUAGAAAUGCUUGAAUCAUUACCAGAUAAAGACAUACCAUCAAAAGAAUAUUUUCUUCUUACAUCUCUUAUACAUGCAUUACUUUCGUCAAAUGUGAAUUUAAUUGGUCUUUCUGUUAUGGAUAUUAUACAUGCAUUAACAGGAAAAAUUAUUGGACAAAUCAAAGAACUAGAUACUCCAGAUACAGCAAAGCUUUCAAAAAUAAUACUUUCGAAAAGAUCAUACCUUUUUGAAGAUACCAUAGAAAGACUAAAAUUUAAUUCUGAACAGAGAGAGUUCUUUAUUUCAGAACUAAUACAUUGUUUAGGUGCAUUAGCAACACAUAUAUACUAUAGAGACCAAAUUACAGAUAUGGCGGCAUCUUUUUUAAGUUGCCUAAGACCUCUUUCUAAUACACUAUCAGCAUCAGCUAAUGAAGUAAGAAUCGGAAAAUUAUUAGCUUUAGCAGCAGUUAAAGAAAUUUUUGUUAUUGUUAAUUUAAAAUGUAAUCAAAGUGGGGUAUCUAGAUCUAGAGUUUCCUUAGAUAUAUGGAAUUAUACUGCUGUUAUACUAAAAGAUAAUGAUCCUAUAUUACGUUUAGAAUACAUAUCAGUUUUAACAACUUUUCUUAAUGUUGAAUUUAAUUCUAUUGAUGAAGAAUCUCUUUAUAAUUCUGAUACUUCUAAAAUAUCAUCUUCAAAUUAUCUUCAAUCUCUUCAUUCAUAUAUAUAUAUAUAUUCUCUUUUAAUUAAUAACACUGAAACUGAUUAUCAAGCAAUACAAUACCUUUUGUUUGUUUUAACUGAAAAAUUUGGAUCCAAAGAAACAAUAAGACUUGUUCCAGUUAUGUUACAUCUUCAAGAAUCUAUAAAUGAAGAAAAUAUAGCUUUAUCUUCACAACAAAAAAGCACUAUACUAAGCAUUAUUAUAUGGUAUAUGAUAAUUGUUUCAAAAAAGAUAAAUAAUCAGAAGCUUUUUGAAAAAGUAAAUGAAGAAAUGAAUAGACGCAAAUUAGACAAAUCAUGGCCCGACUUUAUUACUUUACAUCCUUCAUUCAUGCAGUCAUCAAUAUGUUCACCACAACCACUUUCAAAAACUAUUGAACCUUCAAAACCAUUUUUAAAUAAAGAAGAAAUAAUCGAUAUUUUAAUCACUACACCUAAGUUCCCAGAAAGCGCAAAAAAAAGUCUCAUGGAAGCAUGGUCACCCGAAUCAUCACUCAUUUUAGAAGAUAUAUCUAGACCUGAUUUUCUUGUAGGAAUUGAUCCAACAAAUUACGAAAAGCAUUCAUCUCCUUCCAAUUCCUUGUCACAAAUAACAUCAAAUCAAGAAGAAAUUUUGUUAAGUGAUACACAUUCUUCUAUUAUAAAGGUAAACUCAUUAAGACGUACUUUAACAGAACCACAUAUCAAUAAUAUAAAAAAAUCUUAUAAUAUCUCAAGUAUCAAAUUAAGUAAAUUUAAUUUAUCACCUGAUACAUUCACAUAUAAAGACAUAAGAAAGAUAAAUCAAGAUACCGUAUCAAAAGAAAUAGAUAUGAACAAGCUUCUCAAUAAUAUUAAGUCAGAAGAAUCAUUAAAUUAUAAAAAACAAUCUAACAUAAGCGCAUCUGCACCUUAUGCUUGA